CCGUCACGAAGAUCCGGAUCUAAUAAACUGUGACUCUGUGAGCUCAACAAAGUUCACACUGACCGUUCUGAAGGACUCUUCUGACAUGUACUCCUCCUUAAAUACGGGAUAAAACGCGCAUGAUGUGUUGGAUUUUUGGCGGUUUGAAGACUAACGCGCUUUCAGACGCGCUCCGGUUCAUUUCUCCGGUAAUUCUCGGUUUGUUUCUCCUGUUGCGCAUCUGAAUGUGUCAUGAUGAUGAUGAUGAUGAUGAUGAUGAUUAAGCGCCUGAUCCGCGUGUGUAUGUGUGAGUGUGUGUCCUUGUCAUUGAUAGAUUAAUCUCCUGUAACUGUCGCUUCUUCAAAUUAAUUCUUAUAUAACCGCAUAUGUUGAGCGGAGAGCGCGAGACAUCACCGUGAAAACCAGAGGCGGGGGUCACCGAAUCAGUUCGGUCCGGAGAUGGGUUCGGCCGGUGUCGGAGAGGUUCGGGCCUCAAGGACACGCGCGAGGAGAAAUGAUGAAGAAUGAUGGACGGCGCGUGAAUUGGGGCGCGUCAAGGGCGAACGGAGCGUCACGGACGCGCGUUUAUUCGGCGGCUCAAGGGCGUUUGAACAUGAUGAGGUCGCGUCGGAGGACAGCAGGGCGGCGGGGUGACGCGUCCUCUGGAGGAAACGUGAAGGAAAAUCCAUCUUUUUACCGGCAGUGAGGUCACUUUUCACGUGAGCCCGUUUUUACCGUUCUUCAAUAAAAACGAUAAUGAAAAAUCACAAAGCAGAACAGACCUGUGUUUAUCUGACACGAGAGUAACAGGUCAGUCUAGUGUGUGUGUGUGUGAGUGUGUGUGUGUGUGUGUGUGUGACUCGUGCCUGGCAUUGGCAUGGAUGGGGCAGGGGGCGGUACAGCGGGCACGGGGGGUUCUGCUGGCACAGACUCUCGACCCACCCGUAACGGCGACCCUAAGCGGCGGAGUAAGAGCAGCCUGCCGUCUCCCGGUUACCGCCUAUCCCAGGCAUCUCUGGAGGGCGAUCGGGGCGAGUCACUGCCCGGGCGACGCCGUCUGUCCGUCCUGAGCUCCACGCGAGACGGUGGCCCAUUCCGACCGGCCACGGUGGCGGGAACGCCCACCACCCCUCUGCCCCUGCCGCUCCCCCCGGCGGGCUCGGCCCCGCCCACCGUGCAGCGUUCCGUGGGGUUUGUCGCGUCCCGCGCCGCUCUGGCAUCCACCUCCUCUUCCACGGGCACUGGGAUGGUCGUGGUGGCCGCCGGACCCGAGACCACCACCACUACGGCGGCCGGGACUCCUGAAGCCGGACCGGGUCUGGACGGUGAGGACUACAGCUACUCGAACCAGUCCACCUUCAUCCAGAGGCAGUUCGGGGCGAUGCUGCAGCCCGGUGUCAACAAGUUCUCCCUCCGCAUGUUCGGCAGCCACAAAGCCGUGGCACUGGAGCAGGAGCGGCUGAAAUCGGCCGGAACUUGGAUCAUCCACCCCUACAGUGACUUCAGGUUUUAUUGGGAUCUCCUCAUGCUGAUGUUGAUGGUGGGAAACCUUAUCAUCCUCCCGGUGGGAAUCACAUUCUUUAAAGAUGAGAACACGCCUCCGUGGAUCAUUUUUAACGUGGUGUCAGACACGCUCUUCCUGGUGGAUCUGGUGCUGAACUUUCGGACCGGUAUCGUGAAGGAAGACAGUACAGAGAUCCUGCUGGACCCCAAGGCCAUCCGCGAGCGCUAUCUGAAGAGCUGGUUCCUCGUGGACUUUGUGUCUUCAAUCCCAGUAGAUUAUAUCUUCCUGAUGGUCGACCUUGAAGCUCGACUGGACUCGGAGGUGUAUCGGACUGCACGAGCGCUGAGAAUCGUUCGAUUCACCAAGAUCCUGAGUCUGCUGCGACUGCUGCGUCUGUCACGACUUAUACGAUACAUCCACCAAUGGGAAGAGAUAUUUCACAUGACCUAUGACCUGGCCAGUGCGAUGGUUCGUAUUGUCAAUCUGAUUGGAAUGAUGCUGCUGUUGUGUCACUGGGACGGAUGUCUGCAGUUCUUGGUGCCCAUGCUGCAGGAUUUCCCGCUGGACUGCUGGGUCUCCAAAAACAACAUGGUGAACGACACGUGGGGCAUUCAGUACACAUACGCGCUGUUUAAAGCCAUGAGUCACAUGCUGUGCAUCGGGUACGGCGCUCAGGCUCCAGAGGGCAUGACGGAUGUCUGGCUCACCAUGCUCAGUAUGAUCGUGGGUGCCACCUGCUAUGCCAUGUUCAUCGGGCACGCCACGGCCCUCAUCCAAUCACUGGACUCCUCUAGGCGACAGUAUCAAGAAAAGUAUAAACAGGUGGAGCAGUACAUGUCGUUUCAUAAGCUGCCAGCAGAUGUCAGGCAGAAGAUCCACGAGUAUUAUGAACAUCGAUAUCAGGGCAAGAUGUUCGAUGAGGAGAACAUUCUGGGCGAGUUGAGCGAUCCAUUGAAGGAGGAAAUUGUUAGCUUCAACUGCCGUAGUUUGGUGGCUAACAUGCCACUCUUUGCUAAUGCUGAUCCAAACUUCGUAACGGCAGUCCUCAUAAAGCUGAAAUUUGAAGUGUUCCAGCCCAAUGACUUCAUCAUUCGUGAGGGAACCGUUGGACGCAAAAUGUAUUUCAUCCAGCAUGGACGAGUCAGCGUGCUCACUCGCGGCAACAGAGAGACCAAGCUUAGCGAUGGCUCGUAUUUUGGAGAGAUCUGUCUGUUGACACGUGGCAGGAGGACAGCAAGUGUCCGAGCAGAUACGUACUGUCGACUUUACUCCCUGAGUGUGGACAGUUUCAAUGAAGUUCUGGAAGAGCAUCCCAUGAUGAGACGGGCCUUCGAGACGGUGGCAGCUGACAGACUGGAUCGCAUUGGAAAAAAGAACUCAAUUUUGUUGCGUAAGACCUCUCAGGGUGGAUCAGUCACAGGCAGCAGUUUGGGUCGUGGUGGAGGCAGUCGUGGUGGUGGUGCGGGUGGCGCGGGCGGCACGGGUCUGGGUUCUUGUGACAGUGUUCUGGUCCAACAGAUCGUAAAACAUGACAGUAUGCCCACCAUGCAGGACAUUGCUGCUGGCACCCGAGGCAGCACCGGAGGCACGGUCUCACCGCGACCUCACCCAGUGAUCUGGGCACCACUCGUUCACGCGCCCCUCCAGACUGCUGCUGCCACCACCAAUGUGGCCAUUGCCUUGAUGCAUCAGCAACAGCAGCAGCAACAGUUACAGCAGCAGCUACAGCAACAAUACGCUCUGGGAGCCGCUCUAUUCCUGCCAUCUCCUUUCCCCAUCUCACCCUCUCCCUCGUCCUGCCCUCUCUCACCUCCCCAUCCACCCAUACUACACCCGCGUCAAUCCAUCAGCUCCCUCAUAGGUGUGAUGGGUGGACUCCCCCCACGAGGAGUACCAUCCGCUAUGAAUCCUACACCUUCGCCCUCCACAAUGGGGUCGACUGCUGCGGGAGCAGCUCCUCUGGCAGGUGGAGGAGGUGGGGUUGCAAAAACUCCGCCUACACCUGCGUCCUCGGUCCCUGCUGCCUUGCAGGCUGGCAGAACCCUUCAUCACAGUCUCCGCCUUCACACUGAACCCACAGGAGGGAUGAACACACCACCUCUCCAUAAAGUCUUGCCUCCUACGUCAGCUGCUGCAGCGCUGUUCAGUGAAGGGCGUAGUAUCGGCUCCGGUCAGCAGGGGGCCAAAGAGGCUUUAAUGCGCCAUGUUGGAGGCGGCAGCACACAGGGUCUCCCAAUGAUCGGUCGGCUCACCCAGGAGGCCAGACUGCUCUCUGCCUCGCAGCCAACUCUGCCUCACCGUGGCUGGGCAUGCAUGCAGCCUCAUCCCCCUCUCCAUCGUAAAGCAUCCGGAGGAAACCUGCUGCCAGCACCCUUCCUCAUGGCAUCAGGACAGCUCGCUCGAGGAGGCAGUGCUGGUUUUCUGAGCUCAAACGCUCCACAGCCUGUUGUCACACAGACACCCACACACACAGCCCUGCUGCUGCCCUCUCAGCUGGCACAUGCACCACCACCCACAUCUGCUCAAGGAUCUGCUCCAUCACCUCUUGCCCCAUUCUCUUCUUCCCCAAAACAAACCCCUCUUUUUCCCUCCAACCCCCCUUCAGCCCUCACAGCUGCACCUUCUGGUCUAGGUGUCCCUCAGAGACCUAGACAUUGCACUAUGAUACAGAAUCUUCCUUCGACCUCUCCUCCUCCCUUGCUCUGCCCACCAUCUCCCUCUCAGUGCAUCUCCACUUCUCCAACCUCAUCUUCUGGCCCAUCUCUGGCUCAGAAUUCCUGCAUCAAACGCUCUCAGACACCUCCGCCACCCUCCCCAUUUUCUUGCACCACCAACUCAACGCCCACUGUAACUCCUUCACAAACACCCACCCAAACUAGAACUCCAACUCCUAUUCAAACUCCAGUUCAAACCCCCACACAAACAAGAACGGUAUCCCCUGUUCAAUCACACAUUCAAAGCUCUACCCAAACCCAAAAUAUCACCCAGUCUAGAACACCAGCUGCCAUCCAAACCCAGUCCCAUGCUCUAUGGCCAACUCCUGUCCAAAUCACCACAGCUGCACAAACUCCCAGCCCCAUUCAGAGUCCAGUCCCCACCCAAACUCAACCAUCCAUUCAAACCCCAACUAAAACUCUAAGCUCAACUCCGGCCCAAAGUGCUACAGUCCAAGUUCUUGGUCCAGCUCUGACACGGUCUCCAGUUUCCAGUCAAACCCAAACAUCAACUCCCAUACAAAGUCCGACCUCCUCCUGGACCCCAACCUCAACUCCUAUCCACACUCCUGCCCAAAGCAGACCUUCAACCCCUGUUCUAACUCAAUUACAGUCUUCUGUACAAACUCCCACCACUCAGACCCUGAUUCCAUCUCAACUGCCAGCUCCUAACCAAACCAGAACCACAACUCCAUCCAUUAAACAAUCUCCACCUCUUAAAACCCCUGCUGCUGCAUCAUAUUCUCCUGCACCACCUUCAUCACCUGCUACAUCACAGCCACAAAUCCCAGCUGCUACCCAGAUUCAGACCUUAAAUGAUCUGCCCACUCCAGCCACUCCAACCGUAAAUUCAUCUCCCAUUGCUGCUUCUACUACCUCCUCAUAUGCAGCCCUCCAGCCCACCUCCAUCACCUCCAUUGUACCAAAAGAGGGAAAGAAAGAGCAGGACCUGCUUCAGACACAGAGAGACUCUGAGACAAAGAGACAAGACAUUUCCUGCUAACAUGUGAGGAGUUUGAUAGAUGCUGAAGCAAGGAUCUGGUCAGAGCUUCAUGUUUUGUCUAUGGUUGCUAAUGGUUCAGGAGAUGAAUAAGAAUGAGAAGCAAAGUUCAGCUGUAUCAGUUCAGGCUUUUCAGGUUCCAUGAGCAUGCAUUUCAACACACCAUCCUCCAUGUGAUGGUCAGUCUUGAUCUUGGCAAGUUUAAUUCCACUGAGCUACAGGGUUUACAUCGACUCUAUCAAGACAAGGUAAAAAAACAAAGUAGAACUAGAGUGUCUAUGAAGAUUCUCUGUCAUUGUCUCACAUCAUAGAAUGUCAGGUCAAUCAUUUUUCACAGGGAAUCUCUACCUAGAACUGAAUCCUUGACAUUUCGCUGAACAAUGUAUUGGCCACCCUAGAUCUUAAUACUAUUCAUCUGAUAGAUGACAGCUUUUGCCAGAAAUGUUUCUGAUAGACCUAAAGGGAAUGUACUGACAUUGCAUGAUUGACAGAAAAAACUCAAUUUAUUCAAGUCAAUUCAGCAGUAGGUCUGUUAAUAGAGCACAGGUACACAUUUACCUGACAUCAGGUGUUUAAUGUUGAUUUACUCAUUUGCACAUCACUGAACAGUACAGAAAAUUAAUCAAGAGAAUGUUUAGUGAGAUCUGGCCAUGUUUUAUCACCUCAAAAACACAAGCAGCAUUUUCAGUUCCACAGUCUGGAGACAUUAUAAAGAAUGUGUUUGAAAUGGAUCCCCUCACUCGUCAUAUAGAAAUCUCUAUGCACAGUACCAGCAAGGGAAUUAACAGCGCUUUUACAAACACAUCUCCUGUCAUUCUGAAUUAGCAGCAGAAUGUUUUGUCACAGGAACAUUCUGGUUUUCUUGCACAUACGUUUGUGAGUACAAUUUAAAAUGUCCUGGCGUCCCUGAUCACCAUAUUGAAAUAAUACAUUUUGACACCGUAUAUUUGUGUUAAUGUAGUGUACACUGCCGAUAAACUACAAAUGGUGCAUUGUACAUAGUGAGUUAGGUAAAAAAAAAUCAUCUCACAAAAAAAAAAACUAAACUACAAAUGUCCUGUUUUGUGUAGUUGUUUUGAAUAACGGUGUUCUUCCAUUUGUUAAAAUAUUAGACAGUGAUUACCAAUCAGUAUGCAAAAAGCAAAUGUAAAUCUAGCAAUCUAGCUGGUAAGCUGCUAGUUGAACCGUUUGAGACUUGAUUGUAGAAUUAUCAAAUUAAAUCCCUAACAAAUAAAACAAUGAAGCAAUGGAACCGACACAUAACAACACUAAAAUGAAGAUCAUAGGAACAGACAACUUUUGUUGCUAUAGUUUGUAUUCCAUCCAUAUUUUCAUUGGUGACAGAAUAAAUUAUAGGAGAAGGGUUUUUCAAACUUUCUUUGGAUUAUUUAAAUCCAAUCAUUUCUCUUUGCUAAUGUAAUAGAAUCACACACUAAUGGAUGUCUAAUGUCAGCAUGCUCAGAGACCGUAUGACCGGAGUCUGCGUGAGCUGCAAAACAAACUCAACUUUAAAAUCUGAAAAUGUCACUUUUAAUUUUGAGCUCCAACACUCUAAUCUUUUUUAUUCACCAAAGUUUAACAUUUCCCAUUAUAUAAACAAUUAGUGUCACAGAUGUGAAAAGACUGUAGAGAAUAUAUAUCUCAAAACUAUUAUGAGAAAAAAUAGAAGCAAUCCAUUAGUAGUUUGUUGUCUCAGGUGUUUGAUGUUAGUUUUGGACAAUAUGAAGUUCAUGUUCUCACUCAAUACUGUAACUGCAGUUGUGUUUUGUUUUUUAUUGUGUUUUGCACUAAAACAGCUCAGUCUCACCCAGUGAACACACAGCAGAAGUGCUUUAGAUGCCGCUUGUCUGAUUCCCUGUCAGUGUUUCUGCUGCUCUGUGUGUUAGUACACACACACACACACACACACACACACGUGAUGCUUUAUGCGCUUUCAUCUGUACUUGCCACAGCAGCUUUUAUCUUCUCAACGCUCUUGUACUGUAGCCGCUACCAUUGAGUCACACACACACACACACACACACACACACACACACACACACACACACACACACACACACAGUGUCCAGUGCUGUUCUUUAGUGUUUUGUGCCGAAAGUGAAAUUAUGUAUAAUUUUCCUCUUCAGUACCAUGUUGCCUAGAUUGCACAUUUAAGGACCAAAUGUUCAUUUUUAUUUGUAAUCACAUCUUAAGCUUUUGAGAAAAGAAAUAAUAAAAAAUACAAUGAUAAUAUAUCAUAGAAAUAAUGAUGAACAUGUAAAAAAUGAUUUUUGCCAAGUCAGAAUAAAGUGAAUUUAAAAUCAA